AUGGAGAAUCAAUGUAUCUACGGAUGCGCCCAUGGCAUUAUUGGGUUGGACUUCGGUUCAACGUAUUCGGCCGCUGCUAUACUCCUGCCAUCAGUCGACGGCUACCUUACCAGCGAAAUGAGAUUCGUGAACAAUUUUCCGACAAGCUUACAUGUCAUCCAAGCAGACAACGGGUUUGAGCUUCAGUUCGAUCCAGUCGAUAGCACCAUGCUCAGCAAAGACAGACUGUGUUAUCUCAAGGCUCUACUAAUGAAUCAGACCCAUCCGAGAAGCGGUGAUAAUCGGAUGGUAAACUCUAUCUUCAACUCAUGGAGUGGCAUGGACUUGCCUGAAGAAGAUGUUGUGGUCGCAAUAUUUCUAAAAGGUCUCUUUGAGAAGGCCUUGGCGGUAGCCAGAGGUCUAGACGCCUGGCACGAUGGACUGCGCCCUGCCAUCACGAUCACAUACCCAAUAUCCUGGUCUCCCGAAGAACUCAGUAUGUUCCAGUCCGCUGUCCGAAUCGCAGGGAUUGCCGAUCAUCCCUGUCAUACAUGUCAUGUUCGUUAUAUCACGGAACACAGGGCAGUGGUUACCACAAUGCAGCAUGAGCACUACCACGCUCUAGCGGAGCUGAAUGGCGAUUAUAUGAUUGUCGCUGACUUUGGUGGCAUGACAGAUGAUGCCGCUGUCGUACCCUAUCCUGACUCUGUGCCACUCCGACCCCCCGAAGAAGACGAAUUGAAGUCGCUUGACUGCCGCAUGCUGCACAACUCCAGUUACACUGGCUCGAUGUCAGCCGAUGCGGAGUUCCGUACCCUACUUCUUCAGAAGUGGCGCGCAAUAGCAGGCGAUCAUGAGGAGGUGCCUAGCCUUGAUGAUGCAAAUGAGGCCUGGGAGAGAGAGACUAAGAAGACCUUCACGGGUCUCAACUCCGGCUAUGAACAGGCCAGUUUCUCGGUCGGUCAGACAAGAGUGCUUAUGAGAGUGGGUAUCCUAAAACAGAUCUUUGACCACUCCGCCGAAGCGAAGGCCCGCCUCAUUGAGGCCCUCUUCCAACAAGCGGAUAUUCUGCAACACAAAGUCAAGGCUGGUAACUUCUCUUCCUUGUUAAGGCCGUCAUGUAUCGUUCUGACGGGCGGGCUUUCUCUCAACUUCCGACUUGAAUCACAGGUAGAAAAGAAACUGCGACAACGCUUGGAAACUACCCUGUAUUUCUCGAAACCUUCAAUAGGUGCGUCUCAUUAUCUGCGUUGCCAGCGUGUCACUCACGAUCUUCAUAGACGGUUGGCAGUGUGUACCGGCGCCGUCCUGUGGAGGCUGCCUCAUCUUCUUCGGCGAUUCAUCAAUUCCCAGGACGCAUGA